GCCGAAUGAUCAAGUGUUAAACGCAUAUUAACACGGUUUAAUAGCAUAAUAUAAUCGGCAAUCCCGGGCAUUUCCUUGGCUCUAGCUUGAUCUGCGACCGGGUGACGACAAGGGGCCAGUCGCAGUUGUAUUUUUCAAUUUCUCCAAACAGUUUUGGGGCAUGACCAGUGACCUUUCCUUUCCAAGUCUAUCCAAGUUUCUUUUUCCUUUUCAGCUUCAACACUGAAAGUUCAACACCUCAACCUUGCAAGGUAGUGUUCAAACUUCACCCCCAAAGACUUACUCCGCCACUCCUUUGUCUUUUCGAGAGAUUUCUUACCUAGGUAUUUUGCAUUUUGCCCAGGAAGUAUCUCGUCUUCUGCUGUCAAAGCAUUAGCCUGGCGCCAUGCUGCGAAGCUCCCUUCGCUCCUCGAGCAGCCAGCUCCUCAGAGCUAGCUGCCGAUCCUCAAGAUGUGCCACUCAGGCUUCGAGAUGUUUUUCAUCUCUAACCUCGGCUCGUCGCCCUCUCGCCCUCUCUACUCAGAUGCGGCACGCCUCCACCACGACGUCAUCGUCGCCCUCCCCUAACGACAGCUUCUUGUCCGGAAGCACGGCCAAUUACAUCGACGAGAUGUAUCUGCAAUGGAAGGAGGAUCCCGAGAGCGUUCACGUAUCGUGGCAAGUCUACUUCAGAAAUAUGGAAAGCGGCGAAAUGCCCAUCCAGCAGGCCUUCACCCCCCCGCCUACCCUGGUUCCCAAUGCUACAGGAGGUGUUGGGCCUGCCGUAGGCAUGGGAGUUGGCCACGGCUCUGAUGUCACAAACCAUUUGAAAGUUCAGCUUCUCGUCCGCGCAUACCAAGCCCGUGGCCACCAUAAGGCUAAUAUAGAUCCUCUGGGCAUACGUAAUGAGCAGAAGGGUUUUACUAAUGUUAAGCCUAAGGAAUUGUCCCUUGAGCACUACCAGUUUACUGAAAAGGAUCUCGACAAGGAGUUUUCACUUGGCCCAGGUAUCCUGCCCCGUUUCAAGCGAGAAGGACGCGAAAAGAUGACUUUGCGCGAAAUCAUUGAUGCUUGCGAGAAGAUCUACUGUGGUUCCUAUGGCGUCGAAUUUAUUCACAUCCCCGACAGAGCCAAGUGCGAUUGGUUGCGAGAACGAGUCGAGGUGCCCCAGCCGUUCAAGUACUCCGUUGACGAGAAGCGCCGAAUCCUCGAUCGUUUAAUCUGGAGCUCCAGUUUCGAGUCUUUCCUGGCUACCAAAUAUCCCAACGACAAGCGAUUUGGUCUAGAGGGAUGCGAGACUCUUGUUCCUGGAAUGAAGGCGCUCAUUGACCGAAGCGUCGACUACGGUGUCAAAGAUAUUGUCAUUGGAAUGCCUCACCGUGGUCGUCUCAACGUUCUCAGUAACGUCGUCCGCAAGCCGAACGAAUCCAUCUUUAGCGAAUUUGCGGGAACGGCUGGUGCCGAAGAUGAAGGAUCAGGUGACGUCAAGUAUCAUCUGGGUAUGAAUUUCGAACGUCCCACGCCUUCCGGAAAGCGAGUCCAGCUUUCUCUCGUCGCCAACCCCUCCCAUCUUGAGGCCGAAGACCCAGUCGUGUUGGGGAAAACCAGAGCCAUCCAGCAUUAUAACAACGACGAGUUGACGCACCGAACUGCUAUGGGUGUAUUAUUGCAUGGUGAUGCUGCUUUUGCGGCUCAGGGCAUUGUAUACGAAUGUCUUGGCUUCCACUCACUACCAGCAUUUUCGACAGGUGGGACAAUCCACCUGGUGGUGAACAACCAGAUUGGUUUCACCACUGAUCCACGAUUUGCUCGCUCGACCGCCUACUGCACGGACAUUGCCAAGGCCAUUGACGCUCCCGUUUUCCACGUCAACGCCGACGAUGUCGAGGCUGUGAACUUCGUUUGCCAACUAGCUGCUGAUUGGCGAGCUGAGUUCCAGUCUGAUGUUGUCAUUGAUAUGAUUUGUUACCGCAAGUACGGCCAUAAUGAAACGGACCAGCCGUCCUUCACGCAACCUCUGAUGUACAAGCGCAUUAGCGCCAAAGACCCUCAAAUCAACAUAUACACAGAAAAGCUGCUUCGAGACGGUUCAUUUACCAAGGAGGAUGUUGAAGAGCACAAGCAAUGGGUCUGGAACAUGCUGGAGGAAAGCUUUGCCAAGUCCAAAGACUACCAGCCCACGUCAAAGGAAUGGACUACCUCUGCCUGGAACGGCUUCAAGUCGCCCAAGGAGCUGGCUACCGAGGUGCUACCGCAUAUGCCAACGAGCGUCGACAAGCAGACUUUGGAACACAUUGGUGAGGUCAUCGGAUCCGCUCCUGAAGAUUUCCAUGUCCAUCGCAACCUCAAGCGUAUUCUGCAAAACCGCACCAAGUCGGUCGUCGAAGGCAAAAACAUUGAUUGGUCAACUGGCGAGGCUCUCGCAUUCGGUUCGCUUGUCACUGAGGGUCACCACGUCCGUGUAUCUGGCCAGGAUGUAGAGAGAGGUACCUUCUCUCAACGACAUGCUGUCUUCCACGACCAGGAAAGCGAAGACACUUACACUCCCCUACAGCACAUUAGCAAGGACCAAGGCAAAUUCGUCAUCUCUAACUCUUCUUUGAGCGAGUACGGCGCCUUGGGCUUCGAGUACGGCUACUCGCUAUCAUCUCCCAAUGCAUUGGUAAUGUGGGAGGCUCAGUUUGGUGACUUUGCCAACAACGCUCAAUGUAUCAUUGACCAGUUCCUCGCGUCUGGCGAAGUGAAGUGGAUGCAGCGAACUGGAUUGGUCAUGUCUCUCCCGCACGGUUAUGAUGGACAAGGCCCUGAACAUUCUUCUGGGCGUAUGGAACGAUAUCUGCAGCUCUGCAACGAGGAUCCUCGCGUAUUCCCAGUACAGGAGAAGCUCGACCGACAACACCAAGAUUGCAAUAUGCAGAUUGCAUACAUGACGACCCCUGCUAACUUGUUCCACAUUCUUCGCCGACAGAUGCACCGACAGUUCCGAAAGCCUCUGGUGAUUUUCUUCUCCAAGUCACUCCUACGGCACCCCUUAGCUCGCUCUGACAUUGAGGAGUUCACUGGUCCCGAUGCCCAUUUCAAGUGGAUCAUCCCUGAUCCUGAGCACGAAACUGGAACUCUCAAGGCUCCCGAGGAAAUCGACCGUGUCAUUCUAUGCACUGGUCAGGUCUGGGCGUCACUUCACAAGUACCGUGCUGACAAUAAGAUCGACAAUGUUGCCCUCACUCGAGUUGAGCAGCUCAACCCAUUCCCUUGGGAACAACUCAGGGAUAACCUAGACAUGUACAAGAAUGCCAAGACGAUCGUCUGGUGCCAGGAGGAACCGCUCAAUGCUGGCGCAUGGAGUUUCACUCAACCGCGUAUCGAGACUUUGCUCAACCACACCCAACACCACGACCGCAAGCAUGUCAUGUAUGCUGGCCGAAACCCUUCGGCAUCGGUUGCCACCGGAUUAAAGACGACUCAUAAGAAGGAAGAGGAGGAUCUGCUGAACAUGGCAUUUACGGUAACGCAGGACAAGCUGAAGGGGGAGUAAAGGGGAAACCAAAAAAAAAAGAGAGGAAAGACAGGGGGAAUCAAGCAUUGACAUCAUGACGGAACGGAGCAUUAAAGUAUCUCAUUUUUCUUGUAUUGUAUCUUGUGUAUAAGGGGGCCUCGGGGAUCACAUGACAAGUCGAGGCUACAUAGACGGGUGGUUGCUAAUGGGUUUCCAAGUAGCUUAAUGGAUGCUUUCGUAAGUCCAAAAUCUGCUCACUCUACUCAAGUAUAACAGGUUACAUAGAAGUGUGCAUGAGAAUUUGUUGCCUAUGUACGGUUGUAGGUACCUACCUACAUACCUACCUACAUACAUACACACCUGCAUAUGCAAAAUAUCAAAAUAUCACGCCAAGACAGCCGGG